AUGCAUUACCAGGAGGCGGCGGCCGAGUCAUGGGGCUACUAUGCAGCUGCCCCACCGGCGGCUGGGGUGAGGCACGGCAUCAGCAUGGGAGGAGCGGACCCGUUGGAGAGGGUGGUGAGGCUGGCAUCGGGGAGUGCGGUGGUGGUAUUCAGCAUGAGCACUUGCUGCAUGUGCCAUGCAGUCAAGAGGCUGUUUUGCGGGAUGGGAGUGAACCCGACUGUUUACGAGCUGGAUCAAGACCCCAGGGGCAAAGAAAUCGAGAGGGCUCUCAUCAGGCUCCUUGGGAACUCGCCGCCUGUUCCGGUGGUGUUCAUCGGAGGGAAGCUCGUGGGUGCCAUGGACAGGGUCAUGGCUUCCCAUAUCAACGGGACAUUGGUCCCCCUCCUCAAAGAAGCCGGAGCUCUUUGGCUUUAA